GGCAAAUUAGAUACUUUUGUGUACCCAUCGGAUUCCAUCCUCGGUUCAUCGACACAGCGUCAUUCAGCUACAGAAGUGAAAUGGCUGGGGGGAGGGUUGCUCAUGCUACCUUGAAAGGACCAAUUGUUGUUAAGGAGAUAGUUAUCGGGAUAACGCUUGGCCUUUGUGCUGGUGGGCUCUGGAAGAUGCAUCACUGGAAUGAGCAGAGGAAAGUGAGAGCAUUCUACGACAUGCUCGAGAAAGGUGAAAUCAGUGUUGUUGCAGAAGAUAAAUGUUUUAAUGUCUUGUGAAAUUGUGGACAGAUUCAGCUGCAUUUUGUUUUGUUAUAAUUUGGCUCUUAUAUUGAUGAUGAGCAACCUCGAUUUGAAUAAUUCCAUCUCAUUGAGAUCUUGAUUUCAAUAUUUGCUUUGCAAAUUGUGUCCUCGUGGCUUCUUCUAUAAAAAA